UAAGAAGAACAAAUUCAUUUGUAGUUCAAAAAUGCUUUGCAGAGAAAAGAUCUCAAACUACUUUCAUAUGCCAAUCACAAAGGCAGCGAAGGAACUAAAUGUUGGGCUGACGUUGCUGAAAAAGAGGUGUCGGGAAUUGGGAAUUCGGCGUUGGCCUCAUCGGAAGCUGAUCAGUCUCCAAACCUUAAUUGCCAAUGUUAAGGAGUUUGGGAAAGAAGAAGAAGAUGGGAAGGUGAGGGAAGUUGUAAAGUUGCUGGAGAAGCAAAUGAAGGAGAUAAGAGACUGUCCUGACAUAGAGAUGGAAGACACAACUAAAAAGCUUAGGCAGGCUUGUUUCAAGGUUAACUACAAAAUGAAGAGGAAGCUCAUGAUUGGCGGUGGCGGCAACACCAUGCUCCAACAGCCACAAAUGUGGUCGCCGCCGUUGUCUUCAGCUUCCGGCAGCGCUGUGAACUUUGCCGGCGGUGCCCCAGUUGGUGGUGAUUAUUAUUUUG